GCGGCAGCAGCGACGGCGAGCCCGGCGGCCUCCACGACCUCGCCCACCUCGCCGACAAGAUCUCGAUGUACAAGCAAGCUGGAGACGAGAAGGAAAACGAGCUGCUCUCCGUGGUUCACUCGCUGCUGUUCUCCAUCCAUGAGACAGAGCUCCAGGAUUUCGUAAGAGGUCAAUGCACUGGCAGCUGCAUCCGUCAUCUACUCGUGAAGCUCCUGAGGUACUCGGGAUACGACGCGGCCGUCUGCGUGUCCAAAUGGCAGGGGUUCGACAAGAUACCUGGAGGUGACCAUGAGUACAUUGAUGUCAUAAUAGACAACGACCUGACGGGUCCAGAGCGUCUGAUCAUCGACAUCGACUUCAGGAGCCACUUUGAAAUAGCCAGAGCAGUCGAUCCUUACGGCACCCUGCUGGACUCGCUCCCGGUGGUCUACGUCGGCACCCUUCCAAGACUGAAGCAGUUCCUGAACGUGAUGGUCGACGCGGCGAAAUGGUCCCUGAAGCAGAACUCCAUGCCCCUGCCUCCGUGGAGAUCCCUGUCCUACCUCCAAAUGAAGUGGCACUCCAAGUACGAGCGGAAAGGCCUGCAAUCUGAGCAGCAAGAGUUCCAGGGCGCAUCCCCGAGCCGCACGCUGUGCUUUGGGCAUCUGAAGCGGCUGAAAUCCUCACUGCGGUUGGAACUCGAGACCGGAAGGUUGCUCAUGAUGCCGGUCAUGCAGGCCGGCACGAAGAGGACGGCAAUGUACGAGAGGCGGCGUAGACGCUCCCUGCUCAGCUUCUGAUGCUUCUUGGAUGCAGAAAUUUUUGGGAAAAGGAGAGGGUCUUUCUUUUUUGCGGGAUUUUGACAGUUAAAUGGGAGGUAGACGGUGGGUGCUAAGCACUAACAGAGGAGGAGAGUGCAGGUUACAUGCCAGGUUUUUUUCUGAAGGCAUAUAUACAAAAGAGAAAAAAUACACAAAAUUCUUUUUUGAUUUCAUUUUUGUUUCUUGGGCGAAAGAUGGAUGCUGGUGAUGAACCCGCUAGCAUACCAUGUAUGUACAACCGAGAGUUGUUACAAAACUUUCCCCUUAUAUUGAUUUUUGAUCGUAUAUGUUCGUCC